AGGGUCGUGAUGGAUUAUGGCGCCUUACCAUCAAAGAUGGUAAUCACAAUCAUUUUCCUCAUAAAUAUCCACAAGGACUACGUUCGCUAAGUCGCCUGAGUGAAGAGCAACGAGAAGUGACAAAGAUACUGAAAAAGAGCCAUGUGAAGCCGAAGGAAAUUUUGCAUCAUCUGAGAGAGAUGAAUCCGGAUACGGCUGCGGCCUUGAGAGAUGUGUACAAUGAAUCACAGAGAAUUAGACGAGAGGAAAUGAAAGGAAAAACAGUUAUACAACAUCUGUGGCACGAACUAAGUGAGAGUGGAUACAACAAAUGGCAUCGAACAAAUCCAGCUGGUGAUGCAGUGCAAGACGUUAUGUUUGCGCACCCUGAUUCAAUAAAGCUUUUGCAGUUAUUUCCAUACGUCAUCCUGAUGGAUUGCACGUACAAGACUAACAGGUAA